AUGCUAGACAAAAUCCCACCCGAGGUGCUCACGCUCAUCGCCUAUCAUUCAUGCCUCCCGACAUUGCUCGCUCCAUCAACCCUGCUGCAAACGUCACGCGUCAUUAGAGAUACUAUCUCGCCCUCGGCCAACCCUCGGCUAUACGCUAGAUUGUACAGGACUGCUUUCGACACUGCCGCGAUCGAGCGAAGGCUAGGCGAGGUCAAUGCGAGUCAGUAUACAGUUGAGCUGCAACGUCGAGUCUCGUCUCUGUACAGGUUGUCACGGAUGGUCGAUCGUGGCGACCUGACUGCGAUUCGAGAUGAGGAUGUGUGGACCAUUUAUCUGAUGUUAAUUGAGAAUGACGGGAAGAACCUUGAACAGCUCCUCGACCUCAACGGGAUCCUCCAUCUUCCGACGUUUCUCCGAUUGUACCAUGAGCAGCACCUUUUGGCACCUGCCCUUCAACCCGGGUACCCCGCCGAGAAUAUUGGCAGGUCAUUGAUCAUGUGGAUAGGCUGGCUUCUGAGCCAACACAACUCUGGUGUUCCCGAACCCUCUGUCGAACGUGAUGAACGCUUGUUUGUCCUCCGACCUUACGUUUUCGCACCGCAGCAAUACGAGGCGUACUUUGCUCCAUGGACCAUUCUCAAUCUACCCUUGUCGUCCACGACGCCGCGGUCCUCUCGGGCUAGUCCCUACAUAGCCGACCUGUCGCCAAAACCUCGAACGGUGGCUAUCAACUACUUUGGCAAAGACACGAGUAUCUGUCCCCCGAUCCUUUCGCAUGCGGCCAUAUUGCGUUUCUUCACGCAGGCAGAGACGUCCGGCAGGAUAGCCAAGACCGCUCGUCCCGCGUCUGAGAAUAAUGUCUCAGUCACAGAGUCAGACUCUGACGAUGAUGAUCUGCUCGUUGCCCAGCGCAAAGACCUCCUUUCCAGCUCCCUCCUACACGACCGCGAUUUCGGCCGCCUUUUAUCAUGCCACGACCCAUUCACCUGCCGUGGCCUCAAACCAUCCUCAUGGCGUGGGAGUAUGGAAGGGUGCUGGGAGGGCAAUUUUUCCUUUUUCGACUUUGACGCGUUCAGGGAGAUGCUCGCUGGUCAAUCGAGAGCAUUGUAUGCCGGUGAAUUCGGAGAGCAGCAUCAGGUAUGGAGACUGAAAGAGACAUUCGUUCGGCCAAAGAGGGAACAGCUGCAAGGACGCAAGGGCAAAUCCCGUGCGCCACCUCUAACUGGACCCAUGACCAAUGCCGGCUUCCCCACCGACGUACCCUCGAGCACCGAUGCAGGACUCGACACUGCACGAGCCGAAGUGACCACGCUCAACGCGACUAUCCGCCAACAGCUGGACGCCAUGGUGGGGUACGAGAUCGUUCCGGAGAACGAGAUGGAUACGGCAGUGGACGAGGAUGACGGACUCGAAAUUCUCGUCACCGGUGUCGGGCACUCUGCAUGGGGACGCUUCAUUCUUAAAGGUCGGGUGCGGGCGUGGGACGGUCUAGCAUCACUGGUCAAGGAGUAUGCACCCGACUCUCGCGGCAAGUGGAUCUACCGAGGCUACGUGGUCGCUGGAGACACUUUUGUUGGACGUUGGCGUGAUACGUUCACGCCUGAAGCGUUUAUAGGGUACGAAGGGACGUUUAUCCUCAAUCGCCGGUGA